AUGGCAGAGCUCUGUGCCCCCCUGGCAGGGGACCCCCGCGCAGGGAGCCCUGCAGGUGCCCCCCAUGCCCACGGGGAGCUGGGGCAGGGCCGGGAGGAGCCGGGCAAGCCAAGCCCCUCCAUCACCCUCUGCUCCCCACUGGCAGCCCUGGCACACAGCCCCAGCCUUGGCAGGGCUGAGAUCCUGCCUGGGGAGGCUCCCUGUGCUCCUGGGGAGGAGAGGCUGGGCACAGAGCCCCGGGACAGGCUCCAGAGCUGUGCCCCUGGCCCCGGGGAGCCUGGGGCUGGUGAUGCUGCAGAGGUUCCUGCUGUCUCUGCUGCCAGUGCCAGAGCUGGAGCUGCUCAGGAAACAGCCCAGGAGCCUGGGAGCAGCCAGGCUGGGAAAGGAGAGACCCUGAGUGCGGAGCAGCCCGAAUUUGUGACUGCAGGUGUGGCUGAGGGGGACAGACAGGGGGACGGACACAGUGCCAGAGAGUUCAGUGGAGUCAGCCAGGAAAUAAAUCCAGUGAGUGAGCCCCGCUCGGACAGGCGUUCCCAGCAGGAGGAGAUCCCAGCUGGCCACGGGCAGCCCUGGGAGAGCUCAGCAGGCUCAGAGGAGGCUGGCAGGGAGGAGGUGGAUCCUUCUCACCCUUUACCUGCAGACGAGGCUUUACCCACCAGGUCUGGGGCUCCCCCAGCACCAGUGAGGAAAUUCCUGAGCUGUGUGCACAUCACCCUCUCCUCCAGGGUCACUCACUCUGAGCUCUGCAGCGCUGGGAGGGCUGGAGAUGGGGUGGAGGUGUGGGACAAACCUCCAGCCAAGGCUCGGGCUCUAAAAGCAGCUCCAGAAGCCUCAGAGGAAGGUUUUGCUAGGUUCCCACGUGCUGAGGGUGCUGCAGGGGAUCCCAGCCCGGUGUUCUCCUCCAGGCAGGAGUUGCAGGGCAGGGCCAGAGCUCAGCUCCAGGGUGCGAGGGGGAGCCCCAGCUCUGCCCCUCCUGCCAAGCCUGCCAGAAAGGUUUCUGAUGCUGCCACUCAGAUCACCACGGAGAGUGCUGCCAGAACCACCCUCUCAGCAGAAAUCUGUGUGGAUCCCCAGGAGGGGGGAAAUGCUGCCCUGCAGUCUCUGCCCAGCACCCUUGAACCUCCCCAGGUUACAGCUUCAUCCCACAAGGAGAUUCCUCCCUUCCCAAGGCAGCCUGCCCAGCCCUUGCUGCUGCCCUACAAGCCCUGGGGAAGCACUGGGAUGUAUUAUGUGCCAUACCAGAAACCAGGAGCCACCCUGUGCCUGGGGGAGAACGAGGCCAAUGGAGACAGCUCCCACUCAGGCUCUGAGGAUGCUCCUGCAGGGCUCCUGGCCCCAGUGCUGGCUCUGGGGGACGAUGCCACAACAGCCAGGGCAGCUGCCCAGCAGAGAGGGACAGUCCAUGGUCACAGGGCCAGGCCUAAGAUGGCCUGGGCUGAGGAGCAGAGGAUGCCACUGGAGCAGUUUUCAGGGCUGACAGAUCGUUCCAAGUGUGUGAAACCCUCCGGUUCUGUCGCUGGCAGCUGCAGUCUGGGUCCCAGGGGGCUCUGCAGACACAAUGCUGGGGCUGUCCCCUCCUCAGGGACCCGAGCCCGGCUCGGUCCCGGUGUCCCCCAGGGCGCAGGGGGAGAGCAGGAAUUCUUCGCUCUGCCCGCAGAGGCCGAUGAGAGCAGGAGCGAGGAGCUGAGUGCCAGGGCAUCCUUUGGGAACGGGGCUGGCACGGAGCUGCACCUGGGAGCUGCUGGCACUGACCCCCCGGCACCUGGGCAAAGAGCUCUCUGUGAUGGGGGUGCGGGGAAGGCACAGGGGCAGAGGAGCCAGCCCAGGGCCAGCCUGGAUGAGCUGUGGCUGAAGUUCCUGGAGCGCCAGAGGACUCAGCAGCAGCAGGGCCCGGGGAGGAAGGGGCAGCUGUCCCUGGUGGAACGCCUGGAGAGGCUGGCCAGGCUCCUGCAGAGCCCCAUCAGGCACACCCUGGCACCAGCAGCACCUGGGCACCAGGAAGUGCAGGAAAUGCAGGGAAGGGAACAGUCGGGAGGGACAAGGGCAGGAAAAGCCAGGGCUGGGAGCAGCACCGAGCCCGAGGGAGGGGGAGAGAGGCCAGGGGUGAGCCGUGGCAAGAACAGCCUGGAGGAGCCCAGGGCACACAGAGCAGGGCACAGGGCGGUGCAGGACCUGGACAGGGUUCUGGAGGAGCCCAGGGCACACAGAGCAGGGCACAGGGCAGUGCAGGACCUGGACAGGGUUCUGGAGGAGCCCAGGGCACACAGAGCAGGGCACAGGGCAGUGCAGGACCUGGACAGGGUUCUGGAGGAGCCCAGGGCACACAGAGCAGGGCACAGGGCAGUGCAGGACCUGGACAGGGUUCUGGAGGAGCCCAGGGCACACAGAGCAGGGCACAGGGCAGUGCAGGACCUGGCAGUUGCAAGUGACAGCUCCUCAGAGACGAGGCUGAGCGAGGAGCCCAGCACCUGCAGCACCUCGGGGUGGGACACGGGGACCCUGGCAGGGCUGGACACCUCCCCUGCCUCUGGGGACAGCAGCUCCCUGUCCCUGUCCACCAUCGACACGGCCAGGCUGCUCCGGGCCUUUGGGCAGCACAGGCUGGAGCUGUCCCCAAGGCUGUCCCCAAGGCUGUCCCCAAGGCUGGCCCAGCUCUACUGUGCCAUCAGCCAGCAGAAGAGGCACUCGGAGGAGUGGGAUGAGAGUGGAGCAGGCGCCGUGGGACGUGCCCUGGGGGCUGCUGAGAGCCUGGGGAAGGGGCAGCAGAGCCAGAGCACCACCCCCUUUUCCUGGGAUUCCACUUGUGCCAGCAGCAAUUCCUGGGGGCCCAGCUCUGCCCUCAGCAAGAAGAGACAGACACGGAUGCUGAACAAAGGGAUCCAGGCAGGAGCCCUGGAGAUUGUGAGCAGUGCCACCAGGAGGAACACGAGGGAUGUUGGGGUGACCUUCCCCACACCCAGGAGCAGCCAGCAGCUGCAAGAGCCCCCAGGACCGUGCCAGGGGGAGCCAGCAGGAGCCUGGCACCAGCCCUGGGCACAGCAGGGCACAGACAGGCAGAGGACAAGGAGGAGCAGGCUGCACUUCCAGCAAGGGACUCCGUGGCUCGUCCAGGCAGCAGACUUGAAAUGUGAAUCGAGGAAAGAAAACCAAGCCAGUGCCAUUGCUGGCCCUGGGCCAGCCUGGUUUGAGCCCUGGAGCAGCACAAAGCCUUGGAGAGAGCCCCUGAGGGAGAGGAACUGGGAGGAGCAGCCCAGCAGGGGCCAGGGGGCGGCCAGGGGGCUGGGGCAGCCCCUGGGCAAGCUCACCCUGCAGGAGGCGCUGGCCCUGCGCCGCCCCGAUUUCAUCUCGCGCUCGGGGCAGCGCCUGCGGCUGCUCCGGGAGCGCAGGAGGCUGCAGGGGCUGCUGCUGCAGGGCCGGAGAGCUGCUCCACCCCCGAGGGAAGAGCCGCUGCCAUCCCGAGAGCUGCUGCGGCCGCCAGGGAAGAGGAAGGAGUGCGGGACUGGGGCUCGCCUGGCGUCUGACCCAGGUUUCCUGAUGAAAGAAAGAAAAAGAGCAAUUCCCAAGAGAGAAAUGUUGCAAAGAUCUAAAAGGAUCUACGAGCAGCUCCCCGAGGUGAGGAGGAGGAGGGAGGAGGAGCAGAGGAAGCUGGAGUACAGCUCCUACCGCCUGAGGGCUCAGCUCUACAAAACUAAAAUCACCAACCGUGUCCUGGGCAAGAAGGUGUCCUGGAGCUGAGGGGAGGAUCUGCAGCCAGGCUGGGACAGGGUGAAGGCAGUAAAUGAUUCUGCAGCCCCA